GAAGUGUGACCUGUGUGUUUGGCUGCUUGUUUGUCUGUGUUGGGCCGCAGCUUGAUCCGGUAACAACAGUCGGGGAUCCGAUCAGAGCCGUUAAUAACCGGUUACCGGCCGUAGGUACCGUCCACUUGGCUUCUGUUUUCCCGCGCUCAGUCUCAGAUGGCGGCAGUUUAACGUUAUCGACACACAGACGGACAGCACACUAGGUACGGAACCAGCCCAGAACGGCACACCUGCUCGGGGUCUCAGGGGGUCACGGUGGCGUGGUCCUGGUUCAGGACUCGGCCAAUGGAGAGCAACUGUCGGAUCCCCAUGGCCUGCUGUCGGCCUCGAGUCCUAGUCCUCCACGCCCUGUUCUGGGGCCUUGUGUCCCUCAGGGUGUUUGGAGCGGCGCUGCUGGGAGAUGAGAAGACCACAGCGCUCAAGGCUCACGCCGCCCCCUGCUGGCUGCUCGAGGACUUUGUAGUGGCCACGGAGUGCUCCCAGUGUAACGCCUUCCAGACGAGGUCGUGGUCGGCCUGUGAAGCAACGGGAUACGUGGAGCGAGUCAACUGUACCCGCAGCAACCGCGACGAGUACAAGAGCUGUCGCUCUGCAGUGCUGGAGGAACAUCUCUUCUGGAAGUUUGAGGCGGCCAUGUUGGCUCUGACGGCUUCUUUCGCCAUCUUGGUGGUCAUUCGUCAGCGCUCACUGGACCGCCUCGCCUCAGAGAAAGUCCGCCGUCAGAUCGAGUCCAUCUAGGACUCCACAGAAACCUGGACACAGUGUGUUUUUUUCCUGAAUCGUUGGGGAUCAGGACUACAGAGACCUGUUUGACGUUUGCAUCUUAAUUUUGAUCAGACAGAGACUGGAUGGCCUGGAGCCAGAACCUGACCAGAACAUGAACCAGUCCAAAACCGAACCAGGGUCCUACAGUGUUUUGAUUCAACUAGAAGAGACGAAGGACAAAGACAACUCACAAACAGGACGUCACCUUUCAGAAUAAAGGCCUGAACUGGUCUAUCCUGAAUGGGUUCUGCGUCUGAUUAGCCAGAGUUUCUUUAAUCGACUGGUGGGGGGGGGGAUAAACUGUGUUUUUCUUAAACUUAAAACCUCAUCUUCUGUGGAGAUGAGGUUUCCUGUUAGAUCUUAUUUCAUAAAGAUGAAUAAAAUAGUUUUAAUUUGA